CGUUUAGUAAUUUAGUAAAUAAUUGCCGGUAGAGCGAGUAGGUCGUUGAGUAUUUGCUUAGCGUGUAAGUUCUAAGUCGCGUAUGCGCUUUAGAUAGACUUGCACGUUUUCACAACAAAUAGCGGUGCACCAAAGUUUUUGAAAAUUAUCUUUUGUUUUUGUUUAUUAUGAGAGGUGAAUUUAAAUUAUAAAAAGUUUCUACAUUUCUUAGAACUUCGUAGAUAGUUAAAUAAAUGUUCCUUUGAAGGUUAAGGCCCCCUACUGUUACUGAAGAACAACAGGAAAUAUUCUAAAGAUUUCAAAAUGCUUCAACAAAUCUUACGCGACAUGUACGUCGAUCCUGAGAUCCUGGCGGAGCUAGAUGAAGACCAAAAACAGACCCUUUUCUGUAAGAUGAGGGAAGAGCAAAUCCGGCGAUGGAAAAAUUGGACUGACAAAUUAGGGGACGAACCUGUCAAACAAGAAUUGAAAACGGCCCAUAAAAAAGUUAAUUUUUUAUUAGGUACAGACGGAGAACCAUGGGUUUGGGUUAUGGGAGAACACAAAGAUGACAGAACGAUAGAAGAAAUUUUACGGAAAGAAGCCUCUAAGGAAGCCCGUAAACUAGCCGAAAAGGAGACUGAAAAACUAAGAGAGGAAGUAAGAAAAGAAAUGAAAGCGCAACUUAUCGAGGAUUACGUAGAUCUUACUCCUAAAAUCGAAGAAAACUUACCUAAACUAAGUAUAAACGACGAUAUGGAUAUCUAUUGCUCAGUCGAAGAAAUUCGAUCAAAAAUGCACUCGAAAUCAGUACACUACACAAAUAGCAAUAAUAAUAAUAAUAAUUAUAGUCUGAUUGAUUAUCCUACAAAAAUUACUAAAAAAAUUGACGAUUCUGCAGAGCAGAAAAGUACACAAAAAGUUUCUCAAAAAGUAGCUUUAUGGGAACAAAAAUUGUUGAGUGAUAAAACUAGCGAAAUUUUUCAGAAGAUACAAAUUAAACAGCAACAAUGCGCUAAGGAGGCUGAAGAGGAAGAAAAUAUGAAAGAAUUGGAAUGGAGAGAACAGGAGAGGAAAGCAAAAGAAGCAGAACUUCAAAUAAGAGAAAUAGCAAGAAGAGCUAGAGAAGAGCACAAGUUAAAUUCUUCUUUCCAAAUAGAUACCCCUCUUAAUACAGUCAAUUUGGGCGUACCACCUGGACGAAACGCUGUGAUAGAAUGGUACAGAAGUAAAGAAAGAAAACGAUUCGCUGGAUUAGAUUCCUCUAACAAUGUUAUGCCUUGGUUCCAUGGGCUCAUAACAAGGCAAGAAGCUGAAACGCUUCUCCUGGAUCAACCAUGUGGGACAUUUUUGGUUAGAUUGUCUGAGAAAAUCUGGGGAUAUGUCAUCUCAUACAGGGCGCAAGAAAAGUGCAAACAUUACUUGGUGAAUGCCGAACAAAAUUACAUCGUUGUAGGAAACAACCAGAAAGAAUAUAAUUCGAUAGGAGAUGUGAUCAGUUUUCAUGUAAAAUUUCCCUUAACUGGAGGCGAAACUCUUCAAUUUCCAUGUCCUCGAAAUUCUACGGCAGCUCUUGAAGAAUUGUUCAAAGAAAUAUAGUCUUUUCAUUUUAUCUCCGUAAUAUUUAAGUAAUCUGUGAUUAUAAUGGUAUUUUAAUGUUUAAAAAACCAGUCUUAUUUUUUUUAAGUUAUGAAUUAUUUUUGAGAUCAAUUUGAAUUAAUUUUUUUUUUAUAAAAAGCCAUUCUAAUAAUUCAACGUCGUAUCUUCUCUUAGGCAAAUUAGUAAUAGGAAAUUUUGUUGUCAUAAAUAGUAUACAGAAUGUUGUUUGUAAAUAUUAAUAUAGACUUAUUGUAAAUUCAAAAUCUCAUUAUCGGAAGAUAAUUUUCAAUUUUCCGAGAAACAUUUACCGUUUAAUCUGAAUUAAGUAAAAAAUUUGUUAGAGUGGACUAUUUGUUUAGUGAAAUACAUCAUUCUGCAUACAAAUAUUUUUUUCUUUUUUGAUCGUAUUCUCAAAGAUGCUGUAUAUCUUCUGAAAGUCUGAAUUUAACAGUAACUGAUUAGGGAAUUUAGUGACUGAUUAUUCAAAUAUUUCGUAACCAUUCUUUUAAUAAAAUAACAUUAAGUAUAAUUUUUCAGAAACAAAUAUUUUGUUAUUUUAAAGAACUAAAUAUUAAGAAAAAAAAAUGCAUUUUUUUUAAUAAACUACAUAUUGUUUGAGCUUAAAUAAAAUAAAUGUAAAAAAAAUGUUUGAGCUAUUAUUUUAUAAUAAAAUUUUUAUUUCAAUACUUAUAAUAAAGAAAUAUUAAAAUAG